AAGAAACCAGGCAGGGGGACUGCCUGCACAGAAGGGACUUAAGCUCUCCUGGCUGUGAAGGAUGGGAGAUGGAAUAGCCAAGCCCUCCCUUCUAACAGCCACCACCCCUGUCUGUAGGGCUGACUCAGCCUGUUCCAAGGCCCAGAACCAUCUUUUGCUAGACCCCAGAGCCUUUGUCCUUAGUCAUGAGGCCUGAGGGGGUGGGGACAGUGGAUAAAAGGCCCCAAAGGCAGCACCACACCCUUCCACUGGGCUGCUGUUCACAUGAAGCCGCCUAUGCAACCCCUAACCCAGGCCCUGCCCUCCUCCCUGGGAAAUGUCCUUCGAGGCACUGGUCUCCAGGUGCCUGUCAUUAAGAUGGGCACAGGGUGGGAGGGCUUACAGCGAACUCUGAAGGAAAUAGCCUACAUCCUCCUCUGUUGCUGGUGUGUCAAGGAAUUACUGGAUUAGCGGUGGCGGGGAGCACCUCCUGUCACCCCGACACCAAGACCUGCAUCACUCAGGACUCCUGGAGCCAGCUGGCCCCACCAAGGAUGGGCCACCAACACGGGAAGAGUGAAAUACAGACCCUGCUUUGAGUUGUCCAUCUGUCUGACCUGCCUGGGGCUCCCAUUCCCAGAUCCCGUCUCUGCUGUAUGUCUGGUAGGCACGAGCUUGGCUUGCUGGCUAAGACGCCAAUGAGACUGCAGCCUCCAAAAUGGGUAUAAUGAGCCCACCAACUCAGAUGUACUUGAAGAACCAGGAACUGCCCCUAAGAUCUCUGGGAAUCCUGAACUACACAUAAAAUAAAUGGGCCCUUGAGGCCAAAAAUCCUAAAUGUCUAAAGGGGAAUGAUGACAUGUGUGCCCGGAAAGGGCUUUAGAGCUGGAGUGCAGACCAAGGAAGAAGGAUGGAUCUCUGGAGAAUUGAGACGAAACAAAACAGGUUUGCUGACUCUGGUGCCAGGACGGAAGAGUGGGAUUGAAACACCAGUUUCCUCCCGGCCUCUCUGAUAGCAGAAUAGAAUGAGCCUUAUUCUGUGAGUCCCAGGGUACUAGGAUGGGGAUCCAAGAGACUCCGCCUUUUUCCAAAUAGGAGAUGUGCCCUAGGAAGUUCCCUGUCUCUAAGGAACAUGGGACCUAACUUGUGAAAGGUGUCCCCGUUCACACAGCUAUGAGAGAAAACAUCUGUGUGUUCACACCAGUCCCUCAGGCCUAUCACAGCACACCUCUCUCAGGAGUCUGAGUGAGCACACCAACCCUCUCUUAGCAACAUCAACAGUUCGUGUGCGUGUUUAUUAAUUUGUUCACACGGAUUACCGCCUCACCUAAGCCCCCUUUCUCUCUGAGCACCCUGGCCUGUCACUGCCCACCUCUUAACUGCAACACCAACCUCAAGGUAGUGGAGGUAGUAUUUAGUUCCUGUCUCCCUCCCUGGGGCCAGCUCUUCUUUAGUCUUUUUCUUAGUCAACUCCUUUUUCUCUGGGCUUUUGGGGUUUGUUUAUUGUUGGUUGUCUGGUUGGUUGUUUGAGUUUGAGGGUUGGGGACUGAACCCAGGGCUUUGCACUUAUGCUAUCCCAAACCCUGAUUUUUGUUGUCAUACAGAUACUAUGUGAACUAGUUGUG